AUGAAGUGGAGGCUCACUUCUCGUGUCUUAUGUGAUAAGAAUGUGUCACUGAAACUUAAAGGUAUGAUUUACAAAGCAGUAGUUAGACCGACUAUGAUGUAUGAGGCAGAGUGCUGGCUGAUCAAGAACUUUCAUGUCCAGAAGAUGAAAGUAACUGAAAUGAGGAUGUUGAGAUGCAUGUGCCAUCAUACCAGGUUAAAUAAGAUUAUGAAUGAAGUUAUUCGGUAUAAGGUGGGAGUGGCCCCCAUGGAAGAUAAGAUGCGGGAGGCGAGGUUGAGAUGGUUCAGACAUGUUAACAGGAGAAGCACAAAAGCCCACUUUUCUUUAGCUGAGGAUUUAUCGGAAAUAACCUCCCUGCCUUCUAGGGUAGGGAUAAAAUUGCGUACAUUUUACCCUCCCCAGACCCCACUACCUCACUUGUGGGAAUUUGCUGAGUUUGUUGCUGUUGUUGUUGCACAGCAACUGGCCAUUGCCCAAUUGCAAAGCCAUCCGAGAACUCCCAGCACAGCGGCACUAGAGACAGCUCCCCCCGCCGAACAAGUACCAGAAAGAUCAAGCAAUAACGG